AUGGAUGUCAUUUACAUCGCCUCGCGCCCGACCACUGCUUCAUGGGGCAUCAAACUCGCCUCCCGCUUCUCGGGCAAGCGUCAGAUUCUCGCGCGCUGGGCCUUUGCAUACGCGACGUCUCUCCCCGCGCUGUUCGUGCUUUCUCUCGCGCUCGCCGGCUUCUUUGCCUGCUUGUGCCAGUUUGUCCUGCUCAAGGCCAUCGAACGCACCGUGCCGGAGCUGGCCAACCAAGUGGGCGAAUUCGCAGAGGACGUUGUCGGCAGCCUGGCUGCGGUAUCCAAGGAGUGGGCUGAUGGCGCCAACGGUGUGGUGCUCUCAACCCAGGAUGAGAUCAACAACGAUCUUCUCGGCUGGGUGAGGGAGGCCACGGGCUCGGUCAACGACACGCUCAACACGUUCACCGAUGGCAUGGCAACUGGCCUCGAGACAGUUUUCAACGGCACAAUCCUCAUCAAGCCCAUCAAGGACGUCAUCUUCUGCACGAUCGGCCUCAAGGUCGAGGCCGUUCAGAAGGGUCUCACCUGGGUGCACGACCACGCCAAGGUCACCCUUCCCCAGUUUGCCAACGACACUUUCAGCAUGGGCGCGCAGGAGUCGAUCGGCGAUGACUCUGAUCUCACGACCUUCCUGGCCACGCCAUCUUCUGUCACAACCGACGAGGUGACAGGCGCCGUCCAGUACGUCGUGGACAAGAUCCGCAACCACAUCGUCACCGAAGCACUCAUCUCCACCGGCAUCCUUCUCGUUUAUGUCAUCAUUGUCCUCAUCGGUGUGAUUCGCGCGCUCGUCGGCAUGGCCAUGCCAGACAAGGGACGCGGCGAGGGCGGCAUGCGAUACACAGGCGACGCCAGGCCGCCGCUGACGCCCCGUGAGGCGACGCACCACUCGGACGAGCGGUUCCCCCACUUUGGCAGCGAAGCCUCAGCGGUGGGCCGAACGGACGAUGAAAAUUACUACGCGCGCGAGGCCGAGAACGAGAAGUAUGUCUCCAAGGUGGCGGGCGGCAGGGCACAGGCGAUGACCUCGCCCAAGAGGAUAAGCUCUUAUGGGCAGUUUGAAGGGUCAGGCAACAAGUUCUGA